AUGCGUACUGCACUUAAUAUUCAAGCACCAGUUAUUUAUGAAGAACUAUGUUCUGUUCAUGGUGAUCAAGCUCCUUGUCUUAGAACAGUUGAAAGAUGCUGUAAACGAUUCUGCGAAGGCCAAGAAGAACUUGAAAACGAAGCACGACCUGAUAGACCUAUUACUGAAACAACUCCUGAAAAUAUCGAACAAGUGCGUCUUAUUAUUGAUGAUGAUCCUUGUGCUACAAUAGAAGAAGUGCAAGACCAAACUGGUUUAAGCUACGGUACUACUCAGCGGAUCAUCACCGACCAUUUACAACUUGCCAAAAUCACCGCUCGUUAUUUACCGAAGCAACUUACCGAUUUCCAACGGAAUGAAUGA